GCAGGAGACGGUGGCCGCGCUUCGGCCCGACGAGGGGCGGCGAGAGGUGCGACGUUAAGCCGGUGGCUGCGGGUGUGUUGAACGAUGGAGGACAGCGGUAGCUCCCGUCCCGUUGCGAACCUCGAUCACCCUCCCAACAGCCGACUCUUCCUGGUGAUCAGCAAGUCGACGUCGGAGGAGGUGAUCAGGGAGAAGUUUUCUUUCUUCGGAGAGAUCCAGGACAUUUGGGUGGUGCGGGACAAGCAGUCCAAAGACCAUAAAGGCAUCGCCUACGUGAAAUUCAGCCGAUCGUCGCAGGCCUGCAGGGCCAUGGAGGACAUGCACGGCAAGGCCCUCACCGAGGACACCAAGCCCAUUAAGGUGUUCAUUGCACAGUCUAGAGGGUCUGGCAGCCAUCGUGAUGUCGAAGAUGAAGAAUUGACCAGGAUUUUUGUAAUGAUUCCAAGAUCUUAUACAGAAGAUGAUCUGCGGGAAAAUUUUAAGGAAUUUGGAGAUAUUGAAUACUGCAGUGUUAUCAAGUACAAGAAUACAGGAGAGAGCAAAGGCUUUGGCUAUGUGAGAUUUCUGAAACCUUCUCAGGCUGCUCAGGCCAUUGAAAACUGCGAACGAUCUUUUAAGGCAAUACUUGCUGAGCCAAGAAACAAACCUCCAUACAAUGACAAUGAGUACAGUAGUGGGGCAAGACAGGAAUCAUCAUCGUACACGUCAACAUUUGAUUCUCAAAGAGGUCAAAGUAUGUUCCCUUAUGGUGAAUUUCCCAACUUUGCAGCAAAUGAAGUCAGGGGUGGUGAACUGAGAACUGAAAUAAGAAGUGAAAUGAGAGGUGGAGAAAAUAUCUCCUCUAGUCUCUCAGUGUCGACUAGAGGACUACUUUCACAUGAACAAGUAUAUAGUCUCUUUGAUAUCAUCCCGGGAUUGGAAUACUGUGAAAUUCAGAGAGAUCCAUACAUGGUUUAUAGCAAAGGAUAUGCACUUAUUCGGUACAACAACGUGGCAUCAGCAGUAUAUGCUAAAGAAAAGUUGCAUGGAUUUGAGUAUCCACCUGGUAAUCGUUUGGGAGUCAGUUACCUUGACGAACCUAGUGACAGGCGAUCAAACCCGGUUGGAAUGAUGGCCCUGCAACUUGUGGCAGCUCAGAUGAUGUCACUUGCCUGUAACAGUCCCGUGGGUCAGCAUAUGGUUGCAACAUCCCCUGGUUAUGCACGUAGCACCAGUACCCCGAUGUCAAGGUUGCAAAUUGACUUUCUUAUACCUGCACCUCAAAAUUUUGCUGCUUCUGAUAGCAUAGUCAGAGAGCGACUCUUUGUGGUCUUCAAUCCAACUGUUCUGCCUCUUGAUGUAUUGGAGGACCUGUUUUGUCGUUUUGGAAGCCUGAUUGAAGUGUACUUGGUGCCAGGUCGUAACAUUGGCUAUGUUAAAUAUGCUGAGCGACACAGUGCUACUAAUGCCAUGGACACCGUGCAUGGAAAGGUUGUUAAUGGUAUCAAGCUCAAAGUAAUGUUAGCUGAUCCUCCACGAGAAGAGUCACACAAGCGACAGCGAACACAUUAAGCAAUUUUGCAAAAGUGUAUGCAAAGAGUGGGGACAAAUGACAUGACACAUCAGCUGACUGACUGGCUACUUGACAGUACACAGUGACUUCCACUCGUGACCUUUGCUAGUAACUGAGUAGUUUUUUUUAUUUUAUGGGAAAGGGCACAGAUUGAAGGCCUUGACAGAUAUUAAUUACAGUGUUUAAGACACAUUUUAAUAAUAUACACCUUGAAGAACAUUGCUUUAAUUCAUGUAAUCUUUGGAUUCCCACGCAAUAUAAUUUGAAUUGUUCUUGUUCUGUUACCUUGCCUAAGUUGUGCAGAGCAAAAUAAAAUUCAUUUGUCAAACAUA